GUGAAUAUUGAACUUAUCGCUGAUUACAAUUGUAUUGUUGGGGAAGGUCCUCUGUGGCAUCCAAUUGACCGCAAGGUCUAUUGGGCCGACAUCCCCCGAGGAAGAAUCUUUCGUUAUGAUCCGGUAAGCGGCGAGCACGGUCAGAUUUUUGAAGGCUGUGAGGUUGGCGGAUUUACAGUUCAGGCGGACGGCACUCUGCUGCUGUUUAUGGACCGCGGCGCCAUUGCUACACUUCGCAACGGAAAUCUGCAAUAUCACCUCCGCGAGAUCGAGGCUGAGCGAGAGACUCGGUUCAAUGAUGUGAUAGCAGACCCAGCCGGGCGAGUGUUCUGCGGCACCAUGCCGGCUCCCGACCACGCAGGCAGCCUUUACCGCUUGGACACGGACGGCUCGAUCACACAAGUCCUGAGCGGCAUCGGCAUUUCCAACGGAAUGGGCUUCACACCUGACACAAAGCAGAUGUACUUUACCGACUCACCAACACACAACAUCUACUUAUUCGAUUAUGACAUAGAGACCGGCGAACUCUCCAAUAGGCGAGUCUUCGUCAAUACGGGAGACAACGACGGCAUUCCCGAUGGCAUGACCGUCGACGCGGAGGGCAAUGUUUGGUCUGCGCGCUGGGAUGGCUCGUCACUAGUACGAUACUCCCCAGAGGGUGAGCAAGUGCAACGAAUAUGGUUCCCAGCACGUAAGGUGUCCAGUGUCAUUUUUGGAGGUGAGGACUACACAGACAUGUAUGUUACAACCGCGGGCGGCCAGGAUAAGAUUGGCGAGGGGCCCGGGGCAGGGUGUCUGUACAGACUGAACCUAGGCAUAAGUGGCAAGCCAGAGUAUCUCUCCCAAAUCGGACUCUAA